AUGGAGCUCAUGUCAAGUGCAAGUAAUUCAUCACAAAGCGGGCAGACUCUGACCAAGGGGACAUCACUCCGGACUAUUGGCGAAGGCAAACAACUUAUCCAACCAGCCCCAACUAAGGAAAAACUGAAGCGUCAACAGUCAAAUAUGCCGGGCGUGAUGGAAGACGAGACCAGCGUCAUCUCUGUACGAGCGAAGCUUGACCCAACGUCGGCACAUAUAUUACGCAUCUGUCGCCACGUGAUUGCCAAGCGCGCCAUGAAGUCGUUCCUACGUCAAGAAAUGUCGGUGAUCACUCAAACGGAAGUGGCUUUACGAGACGACGCAGCUCUACAACGCCGCCCGAACUCGGCAAUGAAUAGCAGAACCAUGGCCUCAGAUCUCGUGGAGAGCUUAGCAGCUUACUUGAAGGAAGGCGAUCAACAUAUGACUGUAGACGAGCUGUUCUUGAAGGGUUUACUGGCUGAAGCGGAGAAGGAUUGGAAGCGUGCCAUCUUGUUGGCUUCAGCUUGUGUGGUUAUCGAUCGAGAGUUCAUCUUAGCAGCGCUGUUACGAGCUCGAUGCUGUCGUCGCCUGGGAUUGUGGACUCAAGCUAUCAAAGAUCUAGCCCAUGCACUGCAACUUCGUCCAGAGGAUCAGCGGCUUUAUCUACUGAGAGCGUGUUUACACAGCAAAAUGGGGGAAGCGGAGAAUGCUCUGGCCGAUGUAAACCGUGCGCUGGUGUUGCAUCCGCAGUACACUGAAGCUUUGUUGCUGCGGGCUGAGAUAUUCCAUCGAAGUCGUGCUGCUGGCGCUGCGUUGCAGGACUUGACGUCUGUUCUAGCGCUUGAUCGGAGCUGCUGGAGAGCGUACUAUGAUCGAGCAACCUUGCGUCUACGCGCCAUUGAAGGUGAUGAACAGAGUCUCGGGUAUCACUCGGAGCAUUUACGCUAUGAAGAGUUACUUGCAGCCAUUAUUCAAGACUACGUGAACGCUCUUCACAAGGGCUGUACUGUAGUGGAAGUUGUCGAGACUGUCGGCGAUCUAACCGUGAGAUUAUUGGAGUUUACGGGCGAUGUCACUGUGUUACGCCAAGUUAUCCAGAAUCUCACACGUCUACUGUAUUUACUCGUCCUCGACCCGAGCGGAGGCCUACGAGCGUCAAGAACUCCCCACAACACGAGCGGAUUAGGCACAGGAGCUGGCGAUUACUAUUCGCUGUCAACAGUUGACCGAGAGAUGUUAAUAGCAGCGAUUCACGCUCAGCGAGGACGCCUGUACGUGCUGUCAAACGACAAGGUUAGUGCACUUGGAGACUUCGAGCACGCUGUGGUGAUGGAGUAUCACUAUCCAGUAGCUCAUUUCUAUCGAGGUGCCUUUGCAACGCUGUUGUUAGCGAAAGACUCGGCUGCUGGGGUCGUUAAAGACGGAGAGACUGCCGCUGCACACCACGCCAACAACAUGCAGCAUCUUUCGCGGUGUCUUGCAUUGGACCCAACUAUCGGUGGCGCGUACACUGUACGUGGAGCUUUGCACCUGCGUGAUCUGCGCUUCAACAACGCUCUGCAAGACUUCAAGGCUGCAGUCGCCACAGACCCGACGUUGUCCGAAGUAUGGCUGCAAAUUGCAUUGGUGUAUCUCAACCACUAUCACGACAGUGAAGAGUGCAUUAAAGCUUGCACGAGUGCACUAGCGAAUGAUACAGGACUUUAUCGAGCCAUUUACCUGCGUGCUGAGGCGUAUACACGUCAAGGGAACACGGCAGCUGCACUUCGCGACUACACGCGGCUAACACGUAGCCAGCCGAGCGAUCGCUGGGCACAUCUUCUACGUGGGAGACUCCAAUUGACACUAAAGAUGGCCCGGCCAGCGCUGUACAGCUUCGUAAGCUUCCUGGAGCAAGAUGCGUUGCUCUUAUGCGGACGGGCCUUCCAGCUCUUAUCACGCUUCCAAAACGCAGUGCAUGCUUUCGAGCUGGCAGUGGCGGAAAACCCAACGAGCGAGAACCUUGUGCUACUGUCCGAGUCGCUACAUUCACUGGGUGACACUGAAAACUCGCUGCGUGUGAGUGAAAAGGUUGUAGAUACCGACCCAUCCAGCUUCAAAGGAUACGCUCGACGCGCUCAGUUACUCGUGUCAGUGGGUCAAUUCGCACGAGCAAUGGUGGAAUACGACAAAGCGCUCUCUUUAGCUCCAAAGGAAGGACAUGUGUACUAUGAACGUGGCGUCGUUCAGAUGCAGCUGUACAUGCGAUGGCGAGUGGCUUUCCAGAGUAAGUUCGCGAGUGAUACCGACGCAACACAAAGGAUGUCUCGAUCGCCAUUUGCUCCUCGUAUUCCAAUGCAAGACGUGGAAAGAGACCUAGGACCUGACGCUGUGAAAGACGAAACUUUGGUGCGAAAAAUGAUGAAGCAGUACGUCGUGGGCAGUAUUGCUGACUUGUCCAAGUGUAUUCGGCUGGAGCCUCUCCUUGCAGAUGCGUAUGUCGAUCGAGCGGAGUUGAAUGUGCUGGGGGAGGAGUACGAUCGAGCUUUUCGUGAUUUGGAGACGGCAACAGAGCGACAACCCAAAUACGCCCGCGCUCAUGUGAGUCUGGGUGUUCUGAAAUGUCAAUUCGCUGCAUACGCUGCCGCAAUCGAAGACUUUGACAAAGCUAUCAAGCUGGAGACAACAUCGACUGCAGAGGUGCGUGCGUAUGCGCUGUUUAACCGUGGUGUGGCGUAUCAAAAACUGGAGCUUUGGUCUCAAGCGGAGAAAUCAUACACCCAUAGUAUCACCUUAUUUGGGCAAGGUCGCGAGGUGGCUGCACACCGCAACCGCGCGAUUGUUCGUUGCCAUUUAGGAUAUUUCAAAAGUGCGCUGGAAGAUCUGGAAGAAGUUCAACAGUGCGCUCCAGACGACGAUGAACUUCAUGGAGCCUUGGGCUUUGCGUUGCUACAACUCAAUCGAUACGAAGAUGCCGCUACGCACUUCGCCGCGUAUGGACGGCUUGGUCGGGAUACGUAUGUUGACAGCGGGAAUGCGUACUUUAACUUGGCCACCAAGAGUGAGACGCAUCUUGCGCAGACACUCCACGCAGCUUAUCUCGCACGAGCUCGGCGAUUCUACUUGCGUGCUGUACGACUGCAGCCGUCGAAUGUGGAUAUUCGUCUCAACUUGGCGAAUUGUUUGAGAAAGGAGAAAGCGUUUCGAGCGGCGAUCAGCCAAUGUGAUGUCAUUUCUCGUGAACAACCACUUAACCACGCCUGUUUGGAGAGCAAAGCGCUUGCUCUUUUCCAACUUCCGGGUCGACAGGAAGAAGCAAUCACAUGUAUGGAUGCUGCCAUUAGAACGUGCGUGUCUUCGUCUGCCAAUCUAGAAAACGCCUUCUACGCGUUUACUAAUGGCAUUAUUCAUCGCAACGCACUUGAUCGAAAGACUCUUCGACGUAAAGGAACACGUCGUUUAUCAACGGGAUUCACGACGGCGUUGACCGACAACAACGAGUAUAUGAGUGCUGCUGCGGCGCUGUUGGCUCAGAUGGAGACACCAGCUCCUAAAGUUCACCUCACUGGGUCAAAUGAGCAAGUACUGGCUUUGUACAUGCUGAAUCGUGGUGUAAUGCUGGAGAAAAUGGGAAAACUAGCGCGUGCUCGUCAAGAUUACGAGGAUUCACUCCACUUUGACGCAUUUUCGGUACACGCGCACGUGUGUUUGGGCACGCUCAGUCUCCGGGAAAAUAAUUUUGAGCAAAGCGCGACUGCAUUCCAACGUGCUCUUGAACUCGAUCCAUUGUCAGGUGUGGCACAUUUAAAUCUCGGCGUGGUUUGCUUGAGUUGCAACUACUUGCCAGCUGCCCUUACCCAUUUUAACACUGCAAUUUCACUUUUGCCGCACUGCAGCUACGCGUAUGCAAAUAAAGCAGUGGCACUUGCUCGCAGUGGUGACAUAACUGGUGCGGAAAGUCAUUUUAAAAACGCGAUUAAUGAAUUGCCAUCGCGAAAAGAAUUUUAUCUGGCACGUGGCAGAAUUGUUGCUCUGCAGAAACGUCUGCAUGACGCAAUGGUCGAUUUCUCGACCGUAUUAUUUCUCGGAUACGACGGCAAAUUGUAA